UGGUUAGCAUGCGGGUUUAGUGCAGUGGUUGUUUUUGUGCUGGGCGUUACGAUGGCAGUCUAACCGAAAAACAUUAGCACCGAAUCCGAGCUACGCAGACCUGUUAAUGAAUCAAUCGGAUAAAACAGUUGUGUUUGUGACCCGUUUCGCUGAGGGCUCGUUAGCAUUGUUAGCCGAGCUCUUCGCUGUUAGCUGUUAGCAACCUGCACCUCGUCACCGCAACAAACGGCACUUUAUAAGUUAAACAAAUGGAAACAACGGCAGCGAAAAGACGAGACAACAAGAAGUCACUGCGUGUGAAGGUAAUCAGCCUGGGAAAUGCCGAAGUUGGGAAGAGUUGCAUCAUCAAACGUUACUGUGAGAAAAGAUUCGUUCCCAAAUAUUUGGCUACAAUCGGUAUCGACUACGGAGUCACGAAAGUUCAGGUUCGCGACAGAGAAAUCAAAGUGAAUAUUUUCGACAUGGCAGGUCAUCCUUUCUUCUAUGAGGUGCGUAAUGAGUUCUAUAAGGACAGCCAGGGGGUGCUGUUGGUCUACGAUGUGGGACUCCGUGAGAGUUUCGAUUCCCUCGACAGCUGGCUGGGGGAGAUGAAACAGGAAAUGGGCUCUCAGGCCAACAUGGACAGCAUCGUGUUCAUCGUCUGCGCCAACAAGGUGGACCUGACAAAGCGACGGGUGGUCGACGAGGGGGAGGGCCGCCUGUGGGCGGAGUCACGAGGCUUUCAUUACUUUGAGACGUCGGCGCAGAGCGGCGAGGGCAUCAAUGAGAUGUUCCAGUCGUUCUUCUCCUCCAUCACAGAUAUGUGUGAGAACGGCGGGAAGCGCCCCGUGUUAGAGGUCAGCGUCGGCUUCACCAAGGAGCAGGCUGACACCAUCAGACGUAUCCGCAACAGCAAGGACUCCUGGGAUAUGCUCGGUGUCAAACCCGGUGCCACACGGGAGGAAGUGAAUAAGGCGUACAGGAAGCUGGCGGUGAUGCUGCACCCGGACAAAUGCGUUGCCCCCGGCAGCGAAGACGCCUUUAAAGCGGUGGUCAAUGCCCGUACAUCGCUGCUGAAAAACAUUAAAUAACACUGCUGGACCUCUUCUCAGACACAGACUGUGAAGACACUCGUAUUUAAAGCCUUUAUUUACUUAU